AUUUUCUGUUUUCUGAUAUAUCUUUUGUCACUUUUGUCACUAGUUUAUAUUUUCUCCGUUGUCCUUGUCCUGGGCAUUGUCUGUAUUAUCCGCCUUAAUAGCAUUAAUGUCGUUGAAAAGGGAGCACAGGGAGGGUGAUGAUCACAAGAAAGGCAACAAUAACAAUAAGGGCUCUAUGAACCAAUUCAUGCCUUCACGCCCACACAAGCGCAUUGCUAUGUCGCCAAUCGGUCUGCCUCUCAACGAUUUAAAGACCAUUAAAGAGCUAAUCGUUGUUUGUGCCGAUGCUAUGCACGCUCACCAUACCAUUGCCAAAACCUAGCAUAUAUUUCACCGUAACAUAUGUUCGAAAAACAUUUUGUUUCGGCAUAUGAUGGAUGGCACUGUCAAGG